AUGAGCCCAGCAGCAAAGACCACCAUCGCUGGGAAGCCAAUCGGCCCCGUUGGAUAUGGCCUGAUGGGCCUUACAACAUGGACGGACAUGAAGUACGAAGACGCCGCCAAGGCUAUGAAGACAGCCCUUGAGCAAGGAGCAAACUUCUGGAACGGCGGCAUGUUCUACGGCACACCAGAGUCCAACUCGCUCCACCUCCUAAAGUACUACUUCACAAGGUACCCCGAGGACGCAAACAAGGUCGUCCUCUCGAUCAAAGGCGCAUUCGACCGGGCGACCAACACGCCGCAUGGCAGCCCCGAGGGCAUCCGUGCGUCGGUGGAGGAGGCACUGCGCAUCCUGGGCGCGACCAAGAAGAUCGAUGUUUUCGAGAUGGCGCGCGUGGACCCCACGGUCCCCAUAGAGACGAGCGGCAAGAUCGGCGGGAUAGGCCUUAGCGAGGUCAGCGCGGCCACGAUCCGGCGGGCGGCCAAGGUGGCGGAGAUUGCGGCGGUGGAGAUCGAGCUGAGUCUCUUCACGACGGACGUGCUGAGCAGCGGGGUGGCGGAUGCCUGCCACGAGCUUGAUAUCGCGCUGGUGGCAUACAGCCCCGUAGGGCGCGGAUGGCUCACUGGGGAGUUCCGGAAGCCUGGGGACAUCCCGGAGACGGACCCGCGGCGUCACCUCCCGCGGUUCCAGCCUGGGGCGUUUGAGCAGAACUUCAAGCUGGUCGAGGCUGUUGAGAAGAUCGCUGGGCGCAAGGGCGCAACGGUGGCCCAGGUGGCCAUGGCAUGGGUGAGACGGCAGGGAGCGAUCCCAAUCCCCGGGACGAGGAAGGUCGAGAGGGUGGUGGAGAACUGCCGGGAUGUUGAGCUGAGUGCCGACGAUCUGGCCGAGAUGCAGAAACUGCUGGAGUCGCUGCCCAUCACCGGAGGGAGGUAUCCUCCCGCGUUUGAGGCCCUGCUGAACCAACUAAAGGGCCCCAAUCGGGUGGGCUAUCAGGUGAAAUCGGAUGACUCGGGGCAGUUGUGUGAGCUCGCCUGGGGUCUGAGUGUGAGCUUGAACAGCUUGGAUGUGGGUAUGUGA